GGGCGGCAGUGGGCAGCCGAGGGAGGAGAGGAGGGGCGAGGCGCUGUCGCCAGUCCCCUCCCCUGGUCCGCGCUCCCCGUCCUUCCCCUCCCGGCCGGGCACCGGAGCGCAUCCCGCCGAGGCCGCUUCAGGGGGAGGCGCCAAGUCGUCGCGGUGCCGGGCCCCGACCGAGCAGUAACCGCUACCCAGGAGGCGGAGCGGACGCGGCUCGGGCCUGCGCCGAGUCACAUUAACUUUGUCCUAGAAGACAACUUUACAAGGAUCUAAAAGGAACAGGAUUAAAGAUGACCGAAUGCUUGGCUCCAGAAAUUUAAAACAAUCAGCUUAGCAAAUCAUAUAUUCUUCAGUGGAGCUGAGAAUUGAUAAGUCUGCUCUUCCCAGUGAUUUGGAACUUUCCAAUCCCAGAGAAAAGUUGACCAAGGGACUGCACAGGACUGAGUCCAUAUGGAAGAAGAACUUCCUCUUUUCUAUGGAGAAAGUGGCAAGCCAGUACAGGCUACUCUGUCGUCUUUGAAGAUGUUAGAUGUGGGCAAGUGGCCAAUUUUUUCCCUUUGUUCUGAGGAAGAACUGCAGUUAAUUCGUCAGGCGUGUGUCUUUGGCAGUGCUGGCAAUGAAGUUUUAUAUACUACGGUCAAUGAUGAGAUUUUUGUGCUGGGCACGAACUGCUGUGGCUGUUUGGGGUUAGGUGAUGUCCAGAGCACCAUUGAACCUCGGAGACUGGAUUCUUUAAGUGGCAAAAAGAUAGCCUGCCUCAGCUACGGUAGUGGUCCACACGUUGUCCUUGCAACAACAGAAGGAGAAGUCUUUACCUGGGGUCAUAAUGCUUACAGCCAGCUGGGUAAUGGGACAACUAAUCAUGGGUUAGUGCCCUGUCACAUCUCUACUAAUUUGUCAAACAAACAAGUCAUCGAAGUUGCCUGUGGGUCUUACCAUUCUUUGGUGCUAACAUCUGAUGGAGAGGUCUUUGCCUGGGGCUACAAUAACUCUGGGCAGGUGGGAUCUGGAUCGACAGCUAACCAGCCAAUCCCGCGGCGCGUCACCGGCUGCCUGCAGAAUAAGGUGGUCGUGAACAUAGCGUGCGGGCAGAUGUGCUCCAUGGCGGUGGUGGACACUGGGGAGGUGUACGUCUGGGGUUACAACGGGAACGGGCAGCUCGGCCUGGGCAGCAGCGGCAACCAGCCCACGCCCUGCAGGAUCGCGGCGCUGCAAGGCAUCCGCGUGCAGCGGGUUGCCUGUGGCUACGCGCACACAUUAGUAUUAACAGAUGAAGGCCAAGUGUAUGCUUGGGGCGCCAAUUCUUAUGGGCAGUUGGGCACUGGCAAUAAAAGCAACCAGUCCUAUCCGACCCCUGUCGUCGUGGAAAAGGACAGCAGCUGCUGCGGUCAGCCACGCCCGCGCCCCACCCCUGACUUCCCGUGCGGAGCCAGGUGUGCCAGGAUUAUAGAGAUCGCAGCCUGUCACUCCGCCCACACGUCCGCUGCCAAGACCCAGGGAGGGCACGUGUACAUGUGGGGCCAGUGCCGGGGCCAGUCGGUGGUCCUCCCCCACCUCACCCACUUCUCCUGCACCGACGACGUGUUUGCCUGUUUUGCCACUCCCGCUGUCACGUGGCGCCUCCUGUCUGUGGAACCCGAUGACCACCUCACAGUGGCUGAGUCACUGAAGAGGGAAUUUGACAACCCGGACACUGCAGACCUGACAUUUCUGGUGGAUGGAAAGUACAUUUAUGCACAUAAAGUCCUUCUCAAAAUUAGAUGCGAGCAUUUUCGUUCUUCGCUGGAAGACAAUGAGGACGAUAUUGUAGAAAUGAGCGAAUUUUCGUACCCUGUUUACCGAGCCUUCCUGGAAUACCUGUACACAGACAGCAUCAGCCUCUCUCCCGAGGAGGCAGUAGGAUUGCUAGACUUGGCCACAUUUUAUAGAGAAAAUCGUUUGAAAAAGCUCUGCCAACAAACUAUCAAACAAGGAAUCUGCGAGGAGAAUGCAAUCGCUCUGCUCUCCGCGGCUGUGAAAUACGACGCCCAGGAUUUAGAAGAAUUCUGCUUCAGAUUUUGCAUAAAUCAUCUGACUGUAGUAACACAAACUUCAGGCUUUGCAGAAAUGGACCAUGAUCUCCUGAAGAACUUUAUCAGCAAAGCAAGCAGAGUUGGAGCCUUUAAAAAUUGAUCCCACCCACAGGAAAGGAGUUUUUGAGCCUUUCCACUUCCCCUGCAAAAGCCAGAGAUGAAUAACUUCUCUUUAAUUAAUAGUAUGUAUGAUGAGCUACAUUUGGCUGAGUACUUGUGUCUGUCAAAAGAAGGAUGGUGGUGAGUCUUCUUCAUCUGCCUAAAUCCAAAGUUACGUAGAAAGUAUCAAAUGCGCUGAUCCAAUGUGACUAAGGUCAAGGAAAAAAAUUAUAAUACCUUAUUGUUAAUAUGUUUACCAUAUCCUCUUUUGAGUCACUUAAGUUGGACUCCUUUGGUACACUGGUACAUGCUAUUCUGGCCCAAAUGUUCUGUUAUGCAGCUGGCUGAUGUCACAUAGACAGCUUGACAAGGACUGCUGUCCCUACCACGUUUUCAGCAUCUAGCGCCGUGCCUUGUAUAUGGUAGGCACUCUGUUAAUUUAUUGUCAUAUGUCCUGAGAACAGCUCUAUUUGUGGAAUACUGGAUGAAGGAAUAAUUUACACAAAAUAAAUUUAAAACAGCCCAUAAUUAUUAAGGUCCAUAUUCUUCAGGGACGCCGUUCUGAGAAAUAGUGGCUACUUUAGAGCAUUCAUUAGAAUUCACAAAAGGCCUUAGCAAUUAAAUUGUCAAAGGCCCAAGGGCUAAUUUUAAUUUAUUUAUUCUGAGUCAUUAAUUUCUCACAAGGGAUUAGUGAAUAUGAAGUAUUAUCUUUGAAUGAGAUUCCUGGGUUGAUCUGCCUCACCUAAUCACAUAAGGGCCUUUGCUUUUCUUUGUGUUCAGAGGGAUUCGCCUCCAUAAGUAAAAAUGAUUAUGUUUUUCUUGUAGUUGACUCUCAUGUCACUGUAAAACAGGUCUCAACCUGGCACUAGUAUGAUUAUGAAGUACUAGCUGAAAAGGAAAUAAUGCUUACAUUUCAUGGACAGCAUUAACAGAAAUGAGAUAAAUUUAUACUUUUUAGAUAAAAACAAGUUACCCAAUUAUAAAAGAGAACCUGAAAUGGGACGUAGUAUCAGUUUCCUCUAAUAUGUAUCUCACAAUAUGAUAUUAUGUAAAGAAAACCUUUUUGGAAUUAGAAAUCUUGUUCUGAUGCUGAACUAUUUGAUAAUAAAGUGCUCAUUUAUAGAUAAUAGAA